CGAUAGUGGCGAGUUCUCGCGAGGAACUACAGCUGGAUUGUCAUUGCUCCUUUCGAUGCGGAACGUACGCGCGAAUUGGCUGCCGGUGUGCUGAUCCUUCGUUCUCCCAUCGACUUAAACUUGGAUCGUUUCCGUUCUCUACACCGAAUCCGUAUCCCAAUCAUGUUACCCAUGUCCGCUAGCCUUUAAAAAGCACUUGGCAGGAUGAAAGUACUGAAGAAAAUCAAGUUAUUCGCGUCAUCUCACACCAGAAGUUCAAGUGUUCCAACAAAUAACCUUCCGCCAAUUGUCUUCCACGGAGUUCACGGAGAAAAUAUUCGCCUUUCUCGUAGCGGUGCUGUUGCUCGAAGAGCUGAAAGUUUCUGCAAGGGCAUUACGUUCAGCGAUCGACCCGUGUGCAUCAACGAGAGAGUUUAUUUGAAAUUUGUAGAAACCUCCAGCAGUUGGAGUGGUGCUCUACGUUUUGGCUUUACGAACAAUGAUCCUAUAAAUUUUCGUUCUAGUCUGCCAAAGUACGCCUGCCCCGAUUUGACUAAUAAACCGGGUAAUUGGGCAAAAGCACUCGGUGAACGAUACGCCCAACCUGAAACAGUUGUUUUUUAUUACGUAACUGAAAAUGGAGAUGUAUAUUUUGGAAUUGAUGGGGAAGAAAAUGGAUUAUUUUUUAGUGGUGUAAAUACAUCUGGCCCACUAUGGGCUCUUAUUGAUAUUUAUGGUAAUACCGUGGGAGUCGAAUUUGUAGAUCCUAGACAUCAGUUAAAUAAUAACCGUCAUCACGUAACGGCUCCGUUACCCAUUGAAGACGAAAGCUAUAUUCCGUCAGUAGCUGCUCUUAAUUUAGAAAAUGAAGAUACGGAACUUCAGUCACAUCAAAGUCAUUUCUACAAUCCCUUGCCAUUUCAUAAAACAACAGGGAUAAAUAUCAUUUUGUCUCCUGAUAGAUGUAUUGCAGUUAGAAAUGACAUGGAAUUCUGUUGUGGCUAUGUGUUUACUUCACGUCCUCUUCAAGUUAGAGAAAAACUUGUAGUAAAAGUAUUAGAAACUGAUAGAUCUGAGAGAAUUAGAUAUGAAGGAGCAUUAGCUUUUGGUGUAACUUCUUGUAAUCCAGCAUCGAUCAAUGGUAGAGAAUUACCUGUAGAAGCCGAUAAUCUUCUAGAUCGUAGAGAAUAUUGGGUAGUUCAGAAAAAUGUUGCAGAUUCUCCACAGAGUGGUGAUGAAUUGUCUUUCACAAUAACUGAAACAGGUGCAGUAUGUUUCACUAAAAAUAAUCUACCAGCACAAGUACUUAUGUAUGUUGAUCAAACACAACAGUUAUGGGCAUUUUUUGAUAUUUAUGGACAUACAUUAAAAUUGCAAAGUUUAGGAACAAUAGAAAGUUCAAGUUUUCCUAGAAUACCAUAUAGAGAUGGAAAUAACAGUUCAAACAUAAAUGGAGAGAGGCAUUUAAAUAUGGGCACAUCAUCCCCUUCUAUCUCUGGACUACAAGUUUGUCUGCCACCAGCCACUGUUCAUUCUCCUCACAACAAAGAAGAUUCGUUGAUUGGUAGAGAAUGUGUCGUCUGUUACGAUCAGCACGUCGACAGCGUGCUCUACAGCUGCGGUCACUUGUGUAUGUGUUACACCUGUGCGGUGCAGCAGUGGAAGGGUGAAGGCGGCGGACAGUGUCCCAUCUGUCGGGCGGUCAUCAGGGACGUCAUUCGUAUAUUCAGAAGUUGAUUAAAAUAUAAUAGAAGAGUAAAUUUAAAAAAUUUGUCAAUUCAAGUAACCAGUGUAAAUUGUGGCGUGGAUUAAAUAUAAUACAGAUGUUGCAAUUAUUGUAUAUAUAUAUAUAUAUAUAUAUAUUAUAGUAUAUAUAUAUAAUAUGUACUAUUGUGAAAUGUAUAGAUAUGAAUUACUGGAGAUGGAGCACAUAAGAAUGCAGAUUUACCUCUACAAAAAAAAAAAAUUCGUAACUGUCAUUGCUUUCAAAAUUUGAGCGCAUUAGAAAAUACUUCUGGCAGCUAGUUAGGCAAUUACUAACUGAUGACCAAGAGAUCAUCCUUUUUCAUUGCAAUGCUCUGAUUUUAUCUAUUAUUUUAGUAAAACUAUCCAAUAAAGAGAACACAUAUAUGUAUAUUUUUAUAAAUUUAAAAACCAUUUGCAACUGAUAAUGUUUUUUUCUUUAUUUCAGUUAAGUUUCUUCUCGGAAUAGUUUAGUUAUAUUUUCGUAUUGCUCGUCAUAAAUUAAUUCCCAGAAAACAAUGAUAUUCGUGUAAGUAAAGCUUUUCUAUUUGCCAGUUGUAUCUAUUUACAUAAUUCAGACCAAAACAAAACAA